CCGCCAGCGCAGCAAAAGCAUACCUAUGAUAAAGGCGUCAAUAGUGAGGGUGCCUUGUUGUUGGUCUUCAUUUUUCGCCUUCCUCAAGCCAGCCAGAGUCUUGUUCAUUUUCCAUUUUCUCGCUGCGUCAAUCAAACGAAUUCCGUGUCCGUUGUCGCAAGUAGAUUCGGCAUUUUGUGCUUACCUCAGCUCGUUGUUGCGUCUCAUAUCCUCCUCAUGCUAGAAUUUGCGUUCUAACUGGUAUUUGGUGAAACAUUCCAUGCAACCGCUUAAGUAAGGUUACUAUUAAAUAGGGCUAAAAUUGUUUAUAAUCUCUAAGUUUCGCAAAAAACAAAAACAGAAUGCAUGAAAUGCGGUACGAGUAAGCGCAGUGGAGGGCCACAGUAUCACAGCUGUUGAUAAAAAACGGAUAGAAAAGUGUGAAAAAUGUGUGAAAGAGAGUACAAAGAAACGAUUGAAAUGUAAUGAAUAUCUAAAGGAAAAGUGAAUAUGCAAGAACAAACUAAAAUUUCAAUAGAAACAAUGAAAAAUAUAAAUAAAUACCGAAAUUAGUAAUGAAAUGACAAUUGUGUUGCCAAAUACCCAACGCAUGCACGUAGUUACUGUGCAUAAUUGAAUACAAAUUGUUUAUUACGUCAAAUAUUUGAGAACAUAAACUGAACAUCCUUCAAAAGGAUUCGCAAAGUCCGAUUAAAUGAAAUGCACUUCAUUUCAUUAAAAUUCAAAUUAUUCCUUAUCUGCCUUCGUUCGGCAUCGGAUGGGAAAAAUGUCGCCCUAUAAAAGUUCAGUUUAUAAUACAGUUGGUGUUGUAAAAACGCGAGGGCAUAUGUGAAUAAAUCAACAACAACACCUAAAACAACGAUAACAUAAGUCGGAGGUUGUUCUACGACUCCAGUUCAACUACUAAUUUUCACCUUGAUUUUAUGGCGGCUGCAACAGUGGCCACUCAUAUUGUCAAAGUCAGCGUGCCGCCUCCAGCUGUUAUAGCAAGGGUGACGGAAGGGGCUAAUACGCCUGAGUUUGAAGGGAAGACGGGCAAGAGUUGUAGCAGGCUAACGCAAGCCGCCACUGAAAUUACAACAACAAUUUGUAGUAGCAACUCUAACGUCAAACGCGUACUUGAAGAUGACUGUCCCGAGUCAUUAACUUCUGAUUUGCCAAUCUUCUCAGCAACGUCAACCUCGUUAAUGUCAACACCGUCUCUUCCGGCGAUCCUGAAAACACCAAAACAUACCCGAACCCUUAGGCCAACUUUGCCUUCAGAGAAAAUACUCCAUUCGCCACCUGCGGAUAUGUAUGAAUCUUCUAACAUUGACGGUGACGAGGAGGAUGGUGAAGGGGUCAGUGUGAUCAACUCACACGUGUCGAUUCAACUCGUCGAUAAUAGCACCCAGACUGACAUACUAAGCGAAGAAGGGCAGUUGAUAGGAAACACCAAGCUAGAAACGAUUGCAGAAGGCCAGGGAGAACAUCUUCUCCAGAUGGAGUUGUUGACUUCGAACAACAUCGAGCAAAGAUAUAAAUUGAUUGGAAUUCCUGAGAAAGGCGAAAAGUAUAAAAUAGUUGCAACUGAAAGAGAAUGCGGUGGUGAAAGCGAGAGGGGUGAGGAUGAAAGCCAUAUGCUUUAUAGAGAUAUCAAAGUUUUAAAUAUGAAUCGUGUCUGUGAUAACGAAUUAUCUAGAUUCGUUGGAGAUGAAAUUUCUACAGAAUCGAAGAGCCUAAGUGAGUGCGAUAAUUAUCAAAAGCUAACAGAGAAUGAUUUAGAGACGGAUAUAUGUGAAAUUAAGAGUGCAGAUAAUAGCGCUAAUGUUGAUGAGGAUGGCCCAUUUUUAAAUACUGAAAGUGCACUCGAGCUUGAAAAUUCGCCCGACAUAGAAGCGUCAUGCGAAUUGCAGACUCGCGAGCGUUUGAUCGAUUUAGAAUCAGGUGGAUGUACUUGUAAUGUUGUGACACAAUUUAACUGUAGUGGUGAAGAGACAACAGCGAAUUGUACCUAUCAGGAGCGCAUUAUCGAUUACGAUAAUUUCCGAAUUAUUGAACAUGUCAUAGAUUGCUCACACGAAGGCUACUGCAAACACAGCAGUAAAAUGCACUGCACUCGCCCUUGGGAAGAUGCCGACACAGAAAACAUUGACGAGAGUAAAGAACUAAAUUUCGCGUGCCGAGAGUUGGUAGCCUUCAUCGGCGAGAGUUAUCAGAUAAUCGAUAACGCUCAAAACUCGAUGAUGAAGACACAGGAGCAAACGAAUAACAUGGCCACAGUGAGAACACCAAUAUUGGAGUCGACUUGUCCGUUGAAAGAUCUUGAUGAAGAAGGGAUAUAUUGUGCUCAAAACGACAGUGCCGGUCACCUAAUUUGUGACUCACUAGCUCCAAUUCCGUUCAAUCAUUCUGUAGCCGAAGUUAUAGAUAAUAACAAUAAUAAAGGCCGCACCAAAGUUGGAUUAAGAAACAAUUAUCCAUCUGGAGCUAGUAAAUCAAUAUCAACAACAAUUUCAACAACCAGUUCGGUGUCAAAUCCUAUUGAUCCUAACGCUAAAACCGAUAAGCGAGGACAAAAACAAGAACAACUGAUGGCGAAGGUGCAGCUUCCCACGCCAUCUUUGGUUGUGAAGGCGCUAAAAUCGAAACUAACGCCACUGGCCCCAUCUUUCCAUCCGGCUCGAAAAAAACAGUCACCCACCUCUUCGACGACUGCCGCCACGUCCUCCGUGUUUGCCCACGAACAAACGGCCAUUUAUUACCAACAGCAACCACAGCCACCAAAGGAGCAGCAACAGCGCCUGCAACAUACCACCACUACCACUAUGUUGCACACGAUGAGUCUACUGCAGCAUCUGCAAAUGCAACAGGAGCAGCAACAGAAACCCCAAGUGUCGCCGAUAUUGCAGCAGAACUACUCCAAAAAUUCCUUUCAUCAACAGCAAAACGUCCAGUCAUUGCCCCAAAACCUACAACAAGCGUAUAAUUUUGUGGCUUCAUCUUCAGAUCAUCAGCAGCAUUGCGCACAUCAUGGCAACUCUCUCGGUGUUUUGCCGCACAUCCACCUACAUAGCUCAUCAGGCCCAGCGGCCGUUGCCGCUCCUACAUUAACUACUAAUGCUUUGCCUAUGCCGGUUAGCAAUCCACCGCAAGGAUCACACCUCUAUCCGGUUCAGGUGAUUUCGCUGGCUUCACCAGCCACUGCGACCGGCGAAAGUAAUAGUAAUAUUGAUGUCUCUCAGCAGCAACAAUCGAACACCGCUUCCUCAAUAGUGGCCGCAGUGGGCAAUGGAGCCACCACGUGGCCCCUUCUGGAAGCAGCGCCUCUCUUCAUCGACACCAACGGAGAAAUUCGCACUUUUUGCCCAGCGCAUGGUCUUCCAACGCUAAAUACAGCAGUCGCAGGUGCGGCCAGUUCGAAUGGUGUGUCGUUUAAUCAUUCACAUGGCAAUAUAGCACAGCACCCUCCCGUACCCCGUUAUCAACACAGCCUACACCAUCAAACGCAACAGUUUUCGUCUACACCUUCCGCAUCCUCGCCUUCGAUCAUGGCUGCCGCCAUCCCAGCCGGAUCGAUCAAUGCGGCAAAUCGGCUUUUGUUACAACAACAGACACAAAUGAAAAACCAAAACCAAAAUCAAAACCAUCACCAGCAACAAAUUCAACAUCCAAGUUUCCAGUCACACUAUCAGCACCAACAACAGCAACAAAAACAACAACAACUGGAGUCUUCCACCGCACUUCAAAUUUCUGGCAAAGGCAAACUUUAUCGAGGUCCAACAGCGGUGCAAAUGGUUUCACAAAAUAGACCCGCACCAAUCCCAGUGCCAGUACAGGUACCUCAAGGUCAGGUGGUGCAACAAUAUGUCAACGAGAGCGGACCUUUUGCGCAUGUCGUAUUAUCCCCUCAAUAUCAACAGCUCCAUGCCAGCCAAGGACAUAUUCAUGCCCCUUUCUUGACCUCCAAUGGCACUUCACACUUCUAUUCACCGUUGCCGGCGGGUUUUCCAGCCGGGACAGGCAGCGGACCGGCGCACUUCCACGCACUGUCAAGUGGCCACGUACAACCGCAGCAACCCCCUCAACAGCAGCAAGCACCAACAGCGCAACAUCAACAAGCGUCAUCACUACAACCCUUAUCACAUUCACCCUCGCCACCCAAUAGCUAUCAUAAGGACGAGCGCACCCAACGUCAGCACACAAAGUUAUUGCGAAAACUUGAAAAGCAACGUGAACUGAAUUCCGGUAUGUCAACACCGACUCAUUCGCCAUCUCCGCGUCGGAAUGAUUUAAACGGGCAUCAUAAUCAUUCACUUGCUACGACGAAUAACAGUAGCGAUGGAAAUGGAUCCAACACGCAUAACUAUGCAACAGCGAUUUCAGGGAUGUUGACAUCGGCUACAACAACUGCCAGUUCUUCAGUAACAACCACAAACAAUUCAAAUAACAGCAGUAUGGGAUCGAACUACAAUCUUCAAAAUAAGAACCAAAAUCAGUAUCAUGUUUCAAAGCAACCAUCUUUAUCUCAGCAGAUAUUGAACAACCACAGUUUUCACUCCAGACGAACUCCUCAAAAAAAUGACUGCAUACCAGUAAAUGCACACCAGCUCAAUAACAUUAAUGGGGAAGCUUUUGCUUGCAUAACAUCUUCAGUUAAUACAUCUGACGGCGGCAUGGAGGGUAUACCAAAUGCUGUCGAGGAUGAGGAGGACUUCCAGUCUUUGAUAAUUGAGCAGCUUUCUGCUAUUCAGAAACCAGAUGUAAUCAAUUUAACUUCACGUUCUGCAAAAAUUAUUUGGGAGGCACCAGUCAUCACCGAUCCCCAUAUCAAUACUAGAGAGUUACGUUAUAAUGUUUUGUUUAGUGACCGUGCCAAAGAGUGCAAAUACAAGAGUCUCUAUAAGGGUGAAUCGUACGACUGCAUCGUCCAGGACCUGCAGCCCGGUCAGGUGUAUGUAGUGCGACUUCAGGUUCACUAUGAAAAGCUGCAGGGAUCUGCAUCCGAUCCAACCGAAUUCACAACUCCGCCAUGUGUGCCAGAUCAGCCAGCGCCACCUAAAUUAGUAAUGCGAACAAAGAACUCUUUGCAUUUGCGUUGGACGAAUCCACUAUCUAACGGAUCACCCAUUCAACACUAUUUACUGGAAUAUGACGAGGGCAAAACUUGCUUGCCGGCAACUUCCCGCUCUGCGCGUCAAAACACGGGUAGUGAAGUAUUACAUUUUGUCGAGGCAACGAAGACAAAAGGCAAACACUAUACUCUCACUAAACUACAGCCUUCAACUGUAUACAAUUUCCGUCUGGCCGCUAUAAACGAAGUUGGCGCAUCAUUAUUUUCCUCAAUCUGUUCAUAUAGCACUUCAAGCAAUCCACCGUCUGCACCGAAGCCUCCAAAACUUCAAAGCAGUAGCUCAUCGUCUCUUCGCCUUUGGUGGGAAAGGAGGCCACAGGAUAGCGAUUAUGUGUUGCAGAUACUUGAUCGCGAGUCUGGCCACGGCUACCUUAAUGCUUUUAACGGGCCCGACUGCGUCCACGAAUGCUGCCAGCUGCGACGUGCCACGUCUUAUCAGUUUCGCUUACGUGCUGAAAAUGAAGCCGGCUGCUCUCCUUGGUCUAAUGAGGUCACUUUUCAAACAUCUCCUGAAAAGCCUGGGAAACCAGGCAAGCCCCAUGUAAAGGGAAAAAUUCAUGGAACACAUUUUCGAACGCGAUGGGACCCACCCACAGAUAGGGGAGGCGCCGAAAUACUUCGCUAUUUCCUUGAAAUCACAUCUGGCACCAAAUUCGAACGUAUUUACAGUGGUACUGAUACAGAGACCAUAUGCGAUCGCCUUCAACCCGGUACAACGUACCAGUUGCGCACCUCAUGUGAGGGCCCAGCAGGACUCAGUCCCUAUUCGGAUGUGGCGCAUAUAACAUCAGAAGCUAUAGUACCUGCGGCACCACCGCCACCUUAUUACGACAAUCCUCCGGGUCCGUAUGCGACCGUUUUAAGACUAGACAAACCAGACUAUAAUGGCGGAGCCCCAGUGCUAGAGUUUGAGGUUCAGAUGAGACGUCCUUUAGACGUGCACUUUGAUAUUGAAAAUAAAACAAACGAAUAUUCAAUUAUAUACCGCGGACGUGAUACAUACUGUGUGGUCAAGGACUUGCAGCCUGGUUGUCCCUAUGAGGUACAGGUGCGUGCAAUCAAUCGCAUUGGUGCAGGUGCUUGGUCACCAUGGUUCCGUUUCUCAGCAGCUGCUGCACCUCCGAACGCACCUCACAAUAUAAAAGUUGUGGUUAAAUCGGCGACUCAUUUGUAUUUGAAUUGGCAAGAGCCCGACUGUAAUGGAGCUCCGAUUCUUGAAUACCAUCUGGAAAGCGCAACGGGUCGAAAUGAGUCUAACUCUGGUUUGGAGGAAACAUCAGAAAUGCCAGCAUACCAAACAUGUUAUCAGGGAGUGCAAACCAGCGUCGAUUUACGUAAUUUAUUGCCGUUUACUGUGUAUUACUUCCGUGUAAAUGCAAACAAUACGGCUGGUGUGGGUAAAUGGUCAACGAGCAUUAAUGCACGAACACCAGCCGCCGCUCCUGCUGCCCCACAAAUCAAAGACUGCGAAUUUACCGCCACUGAAGUAUCCCUUAACUGGACGGAGCCUGAAUGCAAUGGUGCUGCCAUCACUGCAUACGUCAUUGAAUACGCUGAAAGAUCAAUUACUACGCCAAAUACAAACCCAUCUUAUACAGUCACCGGUUUAAUGUCUGAAACGACGUACAAAUUCCGCUUGCAGGCCAUAAACAGCAUUGGGCCGGGACCAUUUUCCGCAUAUGCCAAGCUCACAACGUUGCCUUCACCACCAGCCCCACCUGCACUGGAAUGCACCGGCGUAGGUCAUAACUUUAUAAAAUUAAAAUGGGCUGACGGCAAAAAUUUGGAUUUCACCAAAUACUAUGUGGAAAUGUUUGUACAGCGGGCAAAAGAGUUCCAGAUCGUUUACUCUGGCACUAAUUGCAUGUGCAAAGUAAACAAGCUACAAGAGCGCACCUCAUAUACUUUCCGGAUAUAUGCAAGUACUGAUCGUGCUGGGAUCGGUGACUAUUCGGAUGAAUAUACUUUUAGUACGACUCCCACUUUGCCAAGCAGCAUUAAAGCGCCUCGUGUGGCUAUGGAAGGAGCUGCUGCUUGUUUGCUAACACACGGUGCCGGUGCUGCUGGCGGCUUCAUCCCAUCCGGAAUGCUGGCUGAAACGCAUACCAGUUUUAUUGCCGGCCUAGGCAACCUUUCUUUAGGCGUACCGCUGACUCUCGAAUGGCAAAACUCAAAAAAUACUUUCAACGAUCGUGUAGAAUAUUUAUUGCAAUACGCCAUUGGCAAAGAUGGAGAUUAUAAGCGAAUUUACCGAGGUGCAGAGACCAAGUUUACAAUUGAAAAUUUAGAGCCGGGAACUAUGUACCAAUUCCGAGUUUGCCCUAUUCGUGUUACUUCUUCCGGUGAAGAUUUGGUUGGCCAAAAUACUUCUGCAUUCCGAUACCAAGUUCCUCAUCUUGCAUCACUGGACGAUAUCGACAGCAGCUUAUUGGGAAACAUGUCCAGCGUUUUCGGCGGUGCUGCAGGUGCCAACAACAACGGGAACGCAUCCAUGGGAUGCCACGGUCAUUCGCAUCACGUACACGGUUUGCAUACACACCACUCUCAUAGCCAUACGCAUCACAAUAGCAGGCAAUCAGCGUCCGGUCUCCACCACCGUUCUGUAAGUGCAUCUGCUGCAAGUCCCAAUGGGUGCAGCGGCAAUGGCGGUAUCAAUGGCAACGGUAGUAGUAAUAUUGGUGGCAAUACCAUACUCAUUGGUCCUAACGCCAUUGGCUUAAUACCCUUGGGUACAGCUAUGGCCAACGAAUUAGCCGCUGUCGGUUUCGCAAGUUGUGAUGAUCCACUACAUCAUCACCACCACCAUCACCACCAGUUUCAUGGAGGCAAUGUUACUGCUGGACCUGAGCCCGAAGUUGCUGCUUCAACUGCGGCAUCAUUUCUGGCGGCCACCGCAAAUAGUCUGCUGCCGAACAACGCACUAUUAGCGCACGCAAGCAUUUCAGCUAAUCAUGUUCAAAAUGGUGCUGUACGGCGAUGUAUGAGCAAAAUAGCUACGUUAUACACAAACCGGAAACGUUUUACUGAUCAGGAAAAGGCAAUUUUAUUCAUGAUUUGCUUUCUAUUUUUCACAUUUUUAUUUGCAACACUUGUUAAGACACUUAUGCGAUAAGCCAUUGCUGGCGAUAACGAAAACCACUGCAAUAAAACGAAGUCGUAAGGCCUAUGUAGGAUGUUAGUAGAAGCUGCGUAAAUUCUGAAAAUAUCCAAUAGGCCAAAAAAACGAUGCGUCUAUUAUAAUACAUAAGUAAUCAAAGGAGUCAUUAAAUAUUGAAGUGCGCCUGAAGCAACAUUUUUUUACGAGCCGAAAAUUUUAAAAGUGCACACAUUCAUGCACUCAUUACAUAUAUACUUACUUACAUAUAAAUGCAUAUAAAUAUGGUGGAAGUCAAUAACUUUUUUCAACAUUCAUCCUUAGUAAUCGAAUAAAUUAUUCUACUUAGGUAAUUACAGUGAUUAUUACACACCAUAAAGUGAGACUUAGGUUUUUUUUAUUUGAAAUUUUUACCACACAAUUGGCUACUGUGAUAUUUAUAUAUUAAUUAACAGCCCCUUACAUUUGAUGUAGUAACAAAACCUGCACUAUCACUAAAUGUUCUAAGUUUGGUAUCGUAAACUCUUGCUAUUUUCUUGUAUAAAGAUGGCGGCCGAAGUAACUUAGUGUACCCAACACACGUGGCUGAGUUUAAUUCUUGCACUUGGCCGUAGCUAAAUCAAGUUGACUUUGCAACAUACUUGAAAUGGCCAACUACUGAUAGACAAAAGAAAUUUCUUGAGAAUUUUCUUUGAUAAAAAUCCAGAGUAAAUAAAGCCGGCCAAUUGGUUCUCAACUUCUCCGUUACACAAUUAUAAUCUAAAAAUAGUGGCAUUGCAAAUUAUUUCUAUCGGGUCUUCGAAAAAUGUAUAUCUGGCCGUGAAUAUCUGAGAGCGAACCACAAGAACUCAGGUUUCUAAAAGGAAUGAAGGAGUUAAAAGUUUCAGGAUCUUACAAACACCAAUACACAUUUUGAUUUUUUGUUUGAUCGUGCAGCUUGUUUUCUUUCAAUAUCAAUACAAUUCGAAAUAAUAUAGAAUUUCAUAUAUGAAAGUAUGCGAUGCCCGUCCCAGCAGUACACAUUUCCUUUGAUUUAUAUUUUAUACUAAAAGAUAAUCUUGUGAACUAUAAACUAAAUAAAAUGAAAUAUAUGUAUGUAUAAAUUAAAACAUAAUCAACGCAAACAAUCGCCCUAGUGACAUUAGCAAAAAUGCAUAAAUAGGAGAACAAACCAAACUUUAUAUACUUGCAUAAGUGUAUAAAUCUAAGUGUAUUGAUAUGUAUUUAUACCAUUAUUUUUUAUAAUUAAACCUACAUAUGCAUGCACUUGUACAUAUGUGUAUGUGUGUGAGCGUCUAGGUACAUUUUCAUGUUUCCCAAUACAGCUGCCUAACCUAAUAUUCCUACACAUUUACACAUAUGUACAUCUUUUAGAGUGGCUAACAGCUAAUAGCUUUUUAUACAACACUGAAUUUAUAACAAAUAUAAAAUAUCUCUGGUUGCAUUUUGCGGACUGUAAAACAAAACUAAAGCAAAGUUCUUUUUGACAAAUGUCGCCAAUGAUACUAAUCCGUUUGCCAUCGUUUGUCCAAACAAUUUUCAACAAUGUCAAAGAUUCGACAUUUUUCAGAAUUUCAUAAAAUUGUGGACUAUGUCAUACUCGUAACAUACAAAUUAUAGAACAGAUAAAUGUAUAUCAAUUGAAAAGUGGUGCAGAAAUAUUUAUUCUUAAAUUUGCUGCACUAUUGUGUUUGCCCUUCUCUGUUGAGAUUAGUAAUUAACUUUCACUUUAACAUUUUUCUCAAGCCAAUCUAGCGUUACCAACUAUUAACCAAACCGGGGGGGAAUAAUGUGUACAGUUUUGUUUAAAAGAAAAACAUAACUCGCUUGAAAUACCUAAUAUUUCUUAAUGGAAAAGCCUAACACUUAUUAAAACAGACAAAUAUAUAUAAAACAACAAAAACAAAUUUAAGUACAUAGUAAAAAAUAAUAAUAAUGAACAUUCCAAAUGGCUUUUACUUUUUUGUACAUAAACAACUACAACUACGUUUAUAUCCACAUAUACAUAAAUACACUGAAUUAAACUAGUUGUGAAGUAAUUUUAUGUCCAUCAAUAAUCGCAUUUCGUAAAUUUAAAGUCGAUUAUAGUUUAAAUUUCGGGUUGGUGUCGAAAUUGUGUAUGUACAAAAUUCUAAAAACAAAAUUCUACUUUUUAAAAUUCUGCUUUUUUAAAAUUCUGCUUUCUAAAAUUCUGCUUUCAAAAUUCUGUAUUAAAAUAUAAUGUUAACAAUGUUAAAGAGGUAAUGUAAUUAUUUAAUUUAUUAUUAUUAUGAGAGAUAUUAAAUAAAAAAUAAUAAUAAUAAUAAUAAUUUUUUCUUCAGUUGCGAUAGAAUCCACAGUAUUUUUGUGUAGAACUUCUUUUCGCGUGGGCGCCCCUCGGCCGCGCUUCAAAAAAAUAACCCUCAUCAGUUCAACUCUGGCUACGCAAUCCACCGUAUUUUUGCGUAGAACUCUUUUUAGCGUGGGCGGCCUUCGGCCGCGCUUCAAAAAAGUAACCCUCAUCAGUCCAACUCCAGCUACGCAAUCCAUAGUAUUUUUUGCGUAGAACUCUUCUAAAAAACGAACCGCUGCGAAGGAUUAUUAAGAAAAGAAAUGAAUUAAGUCACACUAAAUGUAAUUGGCUAAACUAAAAUAUUGUUAUCGCUUAAACAUAUACAUAUGUAUUAAAGUGGUGCACAAAUGACUUGCUUAUUACAAAGCAACAAGUCACACAUUGCAUGUGACACUGUUUGUGAAGACAAAAAGCAAUGUAGGCACACAACUUGAACAGCAACGAAGAAAAACUGUCUUCAACAAGCAAUACUACUUCGGCUCUAUCGACAGUGCACGAAUUGCACGACGCUGCUUAUAUGCUUGCAUGGCAAUGGUAGAAAAACAUUCUCAUACAAGCUUUGCCGAAAGACAUCAAGUACAAUGUGUGAAUUGGUGUCAUAUGUAUGUAUGUACAUAGUGUAUAUUAGCGGCAAAGUGUAAGUUACAUUCAAAUAUUAAUCAGAAUUUAAUUUUUAUUCUACAAAACCAUCAUACCAAACAUUAACUGCCUAUUUGAUUUUAAAAUAUCAGGAAUUCAUGUAAGUAAAUAGUCCACAUUUGACACAAUUCACUUGUUUCAAUUGAAUUGUUUUUCAUUGCCUUUCAGUGUCAUUGCUUUUCUUGCUAUCUUGCCGAAAUAUGUGUGUUGUGAUAAUGCUGAGAGAGAAACAAGUCAUACAAAAGCAUGAUUUGGUUUUUUCUCUAGCUGCUAUUGCCUGUUACUGUUAGUUGAGAACAAAACACUGCAUUGUUGUGUGAAUUUAGCAAAUGACUUGAAAGCACAUAUAUGUCGACAUGUGCACCACUUUAAUAUGUAUGUAUGUAUAUUUAUGGAAUAAAUGUUUAUUUUGUUACUUCUUGUAUGACGAAAAUCACAAAACUUGAAUAAAGCAGAAUUGUUCGCAUUAAACAUGCAGAAUUUUGAAAAAGCAGAAUUUUAGAAAGCAGAAUUUUAAAAAGCAGAAUUUUAAAAAAGCAGAAUUUUUUUGCAAUUUACAGAAUUUUGUCACCCAGAAUUUUGUAAUACAGAAUAAUGACACGCUCCCUUAAAUUUCAAUAAGCGCCCAAAAAACAAAUUAACGCAAUUUUUAUGCUUUUUAUAUACAAUAUAUAUAAACAUAUGCGCAUUUUAUGUGUAUAAAUAUGAAAAUGUAAGAAUCGUUAAAGCCAGUAACUUUGUAAAAUUUAAGAAAUGUCACAAUGCCUCCCACAUGGGCAUAGUCAGGGUUUGUGCAUACAUAUGUGUGUAUGUAUGAGUUUUUAGAUUAACGUUUUUUCUCGGGAAAUAUUAGACGUCAUCCUAUACAUACGUAUGUAUAGCAAAAGUAUGUAUUUAUGUAUGCGUAUCAAAAUCAAAAGCUAACGAGAGUUCUUCCACACUUUGGCUCAAAAACUAACUUUGUAUAUACAAAAAUAAUCAAAUUACUAAAUAUGAUUUAAAGUUAAAAGCUUUCUAGUUUCCAUAAUGGAGUAUAUGGGAAGUAAAUAAAAUUCAAGCACACAUCAAUCCGAUAAUUUUUAUAAGUCAUCGCAGGGACUUCGAGAUUCAACUGCAAUUAAAACUGUAACUCUGAAAAAAGCAGGUAUAAGACACACAAUAUUAAUAUUAAGUUUCGAAAUUUUUAAAAUUUAUAAGCAUCUCAACAAAAUUUUUGCUAUUCACGUGUGUUACAAACGAGAAAAGCGUUUUGGUUAUGUUUUACCAAUAUAGAAAUUAUGCGGGAAUAAGAGUUGCAGUCAUACAUACAUACAUAUAUGUGCGUAUAGCCUCCUGAGACCAAAGCCUAAAGCAUUUAGUCCACAUGUAUGAUUACUGCUUUAUGAAGCUACCACUCGGUGUUACUAAAACACACAAAAAACUUCUCACCCCACCAAUUUAAGUAAUUAUUUAUAAUAUAAUAAUAAUAAUGAUAUAAUUUUGGCACCCAACAAAUGAGCAAUGAAUCAACGAACAAAAAAGGUCUAUGCAGACUGUUAAGAUACGAACCUCUUCAGUUAAUUUAACUGAAGGUGCAACAGAAGGUCUCAGGAGGUUGAACAAAGGGAUUUAAAUUAAGACUAAUUUAACGAAGAGUUUAGAUAUUUAGAUUUCAAAUAUUUUGCAAAACCAUAUACGCGCCGCGGCAAAAUUAUAGCACGCCAACAUUUGACAAAUUUUCACUAUUUUUCUUAUUAUUAAUUAUUAAGUAUUCAUUAUUUUUGUGCAAAAGUAUAACUCAUUGUCCAACAAACAUUAUUUAAAUCAAAUAUUCAAAAUUUACGCAACUUUUCAUGCCAGCUCCACGGUUUUUAAGCGGAAUUUCUUGAAAUAAUUUUGGUAUGCAACUUAAAGCUGAUUAAAUUUUAGUAAACUGAAGCGCAAAUUUGAAGUUGCUGAAAAAUAACGUAGAUUUCUUCGCAUUCGUAAACCGUCAUUGUUGGACAAUGGCAAAAAUAAUGAAAAUUCAAAAAAAUUAAGAAAAAUAGUAAAAAUAUUAUUGCGCUUGUAUGCAUAUAUAAAGUGGUCAAUUUGUGGUGUGCGCCAUGAUGCUUUCCUUCAAAUACAUGCAUACAUACCUAUAUCUGAUUUUUGCUUUAACACAAAUUUUUUCUUUGUAUAUAUAAUAUAGUAUGCUUGGGUUUUUUUGUUAUUUUCAUAUCUGAAAAAUACGAAUUCAAUAACUUUCCGGAGCUUUUGCGCGUCUUGUCUUUGUGCGUUGUCUCAUAAUAUUUAUAUGUAAGUGCAUUGUAACGGAAAUAAAGGCCGAAAGUGUGAUUGCCGCAAAAACGCUGUGACUUAUUUUAUUAGUAAAUAUACACAUCAGAAAAAAAUUCACAUUCAUACGUACAUAUGUAUGUACGCCCUUUAUGUACCUUUUUGGCUCAGUUUACUUCAUUAAUGUUACGUCCAUUCUCAGAUAUACUCACACAUACAUAUAUCAGAUAGGUAGUGUCUCAACUCACACGAUAUUUUUCCACUUUACAUACUAAUACAUUUAGAAAAACAUUAAAAAAAACAAAGGAGCAUACCAUAUGAAAUAUUUCCUCGUCGAAAUAACUCUUAAAUCAGAACUUAUCGUUUAGCGAAAAUGCUUUAUCAGAUCAUUUAUGUGCCUUCGGAUUAUGCAGCUUCUGCGUUUUAAUUUAAUAUAUUUAUAUACAAUUUGUGGAUGUUUCUUUUGCGUUUUUCCUUCGGCUAAAUCACUUUCCCUAUUUCACAACAAUACAAAUUACCAUUUUUUUCUAUAGAAUUAACAAAGCGCUCUUAUGUAGGACUUGUUUUGCUAUUUACACCUGAAGGAAUUUCUAAAUUUAGGCUUCAACGACAAAUAAAUCAGUAUUUAAUUUUUUACAACCAAUAUUUUAUAAAAUUCUAUCCCUCUUCUAACCGCAGUUAUAUAUACAAAUAUACAUAUUUUGCACAUCGCUAAGUAGGUAGUGUUGUUCAAUCUUACGAACAGUUAUUGAUUUGAAAAUGUGUGGGUUUGUCACACAGCCCCAGAAAAAUUUGAUAGUUCCGAUUUCCGAUUUCGUUUUGAAAUUACGAUGCCACUAAAUGAAGGAUUAAUAAUAGGGGCAAUCUAACCAAGUGAAUGCAUUUUAAUUAAUUGUAGAUGCCGUGUUACACAUUCUUUUUAUACAUACUCGUGCAUUAACGUUUGGUGUUUGUAAUGCUUGGCGCACAAAGUAACAAAAUUAUCACAAUUACGCAUACAAAAUUUGCUGGCGGAUGAUGAAAAACAGAAAUUAAUCAUAUUUUUCCACAUUAAGUGCAGUGCAUCGGAAAAAGAUACUUAUACCUAUGUAGACCUGUUGAUUAUUAUGAUGAUGAUGAUGAUAAUAAACAAUGUUGACAAUUAUAUGUGGAAAGAAAACAGAAUUAAUGAAAUUAAACUAUGUGCAUUAUUUAGUACUGGUAUGAGGUGUAUUAUAAACAAUUAUUACUAUAUACAUAUAUACAUAUAGAUAUGGUACACAGAGGAGGAAAUAUAAGAAUCGAAAAUUGAAAUUUAUUAUGAUAAAUGAUAUAAAUAAUUAUUAUUUGUUUAUUAUUAUAAAUAUAGCAUAAAUAAUGCAAAAAAGAAAUAUUA